GCAGCCGAAAGUAAUUACGGAGUUAUAAUGUGGCAAUGAAACAUUUGUGAUUAGUUCUAGAAGAAGAAUGGACGAAGACAUACCAGUGAUUUACGGAAUCGAUUUCCAGGCGCGGUGCCUUGUGUCCUUGGCAGCUGAAAGCGAUGCUGUACGAUUUCUGAUUGGUACGCAGUCGAUUAAGCAUGAAAAUCAGGUGCAACUGAUUGAUUUUGACGAAGACACCAACGCGGUGACGCGCACCGUGUACGGGCAUCCUAGCGGUGAGAUCUGGCAUCUCUCAUGCUGUCCGUAUGAUGCGGAUCUGUUCGCUGCGUGCUAUAACGAGGUGGAUGGGCAGAAAAUUAAUUCGCGUGCCGCAUUGUGGAGGUUCCCCGCCACCCGAUCAUCACCGUCGCGAUCCACGGCGUCUUCCGGCGACGAUGCUCAAGGCGCCAUAACACGACUGGACAAAGUGCUCGACCUGAAAGAUAAGGAGGGUGGUGAUAUUCAAGGGGUAAUUUGGGAACCUACAUCAUCUCAGAAGAAAAUUAUCACUCUGAAAACAAAUGGCGUAGUGACAUGGGAGGCGUCGAGCACAUCGUCGUCUGCAUUUACGGAAUCUUCCUCAAUUUCUGUGGAAGGAAAAGGACAUAACCGUAUUACUAGCGCUAAAUGGAGCCCCCAUCAUUCCAGCAAUACUGUCGGAUUAUGUAUGGAAACGUCUAUCCGAGGUUUGGAUUUACGAUCUUCGAAAACCAGCUAUCUAAUAGAAAAUCCCCAUGGAUAUAUGGUGCGUCAAAUAGAUUUCAACCAAAACAAGCCCUAUGAUCUGGCAUCUUGUGGCGAUGACUGCACUGCCAAGAUUUGGGAUACUAGGAAUGUCGGCGCUCCUUUGCAGGUGCUUGAUGAUCAUUCUCAUUGGGUAUGGUGCGUAAAAUACAAUCCGUUCCACGAUCAACUCCUCCUGACGUCCAGCAGCGAUUCCCGGGUUAUCUUAACUAGCGUUGCUUCGUUGUCAUCGGAAACAGUUGCACAUGUUAGUGACGAAGAAAACCGAGACGAAACAGAAAAGCACGAAAGACUGGCCGAUGGGGUGAUUAAUGUUUACGACGAACAUGAAGACAGUGUAUACGCAUUGGACUGGUCAUCAGCGGAUCCCUGGACUUUUGCUAGUUUGAGUUACGAUGGCCGUCUGGUAAUAAACCGUGUGCCGCGUAAUGUAAAAUAUCGCAUUCUUUUAUAAGGUUUUUUUAUGUAAAUUUGUUGCAUAUUUAUUCUUUGAUAAAUAAUUUACCUAUGAUUAAGAAUUUUGUUUUAUUAUUUUUGAAAUGUUGGAGCUCGUAUUUGACAUAUGGCUAUACAUAGUAACGUCCCGGUGGAGAUAGAGCGUUAAAUCUUUAUGUUGAGGUUUGCGAAUAUACGGUUUAGUAUUUAGACUGAUAUUUUAAAUUCAUUUAUGACUUCCAAGUUGUGGUAUAAUUUUAUGGAGCGACAUUUUGUUGAAAUAUAAAAUACUGAUGUGGAUGCACAAUAUUUUUGCCUUGAAGCGUUAGGCUCCGGUUUGGACUUGCGCCAAACCCAGAAUAUACAAAAAAUCAGCGGGUUUUUAUGUGAAUUUUUUUCUUUGCUGGUGCGGAUUGUGGAUCUGACUUCACGCGCUUUUACAUAUCAAGACUUCCGCACAUAUGUGCAGGAUGCUGUGUACGACUUUAACCUGACCUUUUGUUGGCUAAUCAUUGAUUAGCACGAUGCGAUAGCUCCUUUCUUGUUUGAACAAACAGUGCAUUUAACUCCAUACCGCAGCUGGCUUCCAGAUGAAACUUCAUCAGGAAUGUUUUCCAAUUGGCAGCACAAGAAAAAAUCAAUAACACAGGUCGGAGUUAGCUGUCAAGCGCUCGUAAACAUUGAUACUGUCGAUUGGGUGGGAUAAUCAAACAUCCCACAUAAAAACACUGCCGCUGCUCUUACAGGUAACAAUUAUCGAGAGGCUUAUCGAUAAAUAAUAAACUCAAUAGCCAACUCUAGAUGAAUUUAUGCACUCUUCCUGUCGCGUACAAAUACAGCUAUUUGUCGGGACUAUGGACGCAGGUUAGCGGCAUGUCAGGAAGAGCGCAGUUAGUAUUGGAAGUCCCAUUUCGUGACGCGGCUAGGCUGUAUGUGACCGGUACGCUGUAUUCCCUUGCCGGAAAUCGGGAUAAUUACCGCUACUGUCACGACCAGCCAGGGUCAGGCUCGCUAUUCCAGGAUGUAUCCAUCUUUGCUAUCGUUUGCGGUAUUAUAAAUCUUGGAUUUUAUCACUGGUCAACAAGUUGUUUGUUACUGUGAUCCUUCCUGAAAAUGCUAGUUUUCGUUUAAAACACCGCAUAGAUC